AAAACUGUCAGCGCCUCGCGUCAGAGCUCCAAUCUUGGUGUUACAUAUACACAAAUAUCUGCAUUAUUUGUGCAGGAGAGCGCAUAUACAUACAUACAGCUGUGUACAUCGGAGCCGGCCAAGAAGGAAACGUCGUUAUUCAGGUGGUGAUUUCGCCGGAAAAGGGUCCGGUUUCCUCUUCCGGCGGAGGGUAUAUUGAGAGAGGAAAAUGAAGAAACGAAGAGCGAGGAGCGGCUUCAGCUUUUCGGGGCAGGCGGCGGCGGCGGCCGGUGGCGGUGGUGGUGGUAGUAAGGAGAAGGAGAAGGAGAAGGAGAAGGCGAAGGCGAAGGGGAGGGUGCUGCUCAAGUACGAGGCGUUGCCGGAGUAUUUGAAGGAUAAUGAGUUCAUAAGGGACUAUUACAGAUGUGAAUGGCCCUUGAAAGAUGUUGUUCUCAGCAUUUUCUCCUUGCACAACGAAACUUUGAACAUUUGGACGCAUUUUUUGGGAUUUAUGAUAUUCAUGGGGAUGAUGCUAAUGAACUUGACAGAGAAAAUGAGCAUCGAGAACGUGAUAGCGAUUGGGGAGAGAAGCGACGGAUGGCUGACUUCCAAAACGAUCUACAGAUCCAACGCCUCCAAUGUUUUCUUUACGGUGCUGCGGUUAGCGUUUGCACUCAUGGACGAAGAAUCGCUUGCAUCAUGGCGUUGGUUCCUCCGAAUGCUUUCCAAAUAUUUGUUGCCGUCAGAUGAUGAUCGAGUUUGUUUGAUUUCAGACAUGCAUGCUGGUUUGAUCAAUGCUAUAAAUUAUGUACCCGCAUUCAAAUUUUCUCGCGGAGUUCAUCGAUUUUAUUUACGGCAUGUGUGUUUGAAUUUUAACACCAAAUUCAAGAACAUCCAGUUGAAGGAUAUGUGCUGGAGAGCAGGGGCUAAAGACAAUUCUCGAAAAUUUGAUAGAAUAAUGGAAGAGAUCAAAUCAUUGAAUGAAGAAUCAUACGACUGGUUGGGGAGAAUUGACAAGGCUCAAUGGACGUUGGCGCAUGAUGGUAGUUGGAGAACGGGUAUCCUCACUACAAACAUGUCUGAGUGCAUAAAUGGAGUAUUAAAAGGUGCGAGACGCUUACCAAUUAUGGCUAUUGUGCAAAUAACGUUAUCCCACUCUGUGUAGUAUUUCUUGCAGCGCUCUACACGGUGUAAUCGUAUGAUCAAUGCAAAUCAACAAUGAGUUGAUUUUGCGUUCAAGUUGUUCGAAGCACGCCAGGCUGAGGCAGUACGUCACAUUGCUCAGAAAUUUGACUAUAACGAACAAUCUGCCUCAGUGGUAACAUUGAGCUUGACCGGGCAGGGCUCCCGUACUUAUGUCGUUAAAUUGAAGCAUCGUAUGUGUUCUUGUGGCAAGUGGGGUGCAAAUGAAAUUCCAUGUUCACAUGCUAUUCAGGCAUGUUGGCAUUUUGGGGUUAAUGCGUCAAAUUUUAUUCCUCACUAUUACAGUGUACAAUCAUACAAGAAGACAUAACAAGGGAGGUUUGAGCAUGUAUACGGUGAAGAAUAUUGGGAUAUGUUUGAUUUUGAACUUGUGCAUAAUCCCACAAUGCGAGCUCGUCGAGGCCCGGGUAGACAAGUAUCUACUAGAAUACCGAAUGAAAUGAAUAGACCACAAGUGCGUGCUCUCCAACAAUAUCAGGCUCGUCAAGCUCGGGAAUGAUUCUAUCUUGCUAUAUACACGGUUUUCUCAUAUUGUUAAAACAACUUUCUAUCAUGCUAUAUAUGGUGAAAUGGAACUUUGUACCACAUUUAAAUUUUUUAUU